UCUCUUACAACAAUAGAGUGGGUGUGAGUGAGAGAAAGAGAGAGAUAGAGAAAAAACAGCGCCUCCUCCAAUAAAAUCAUAUUUCUUCCUUGAAAUCAAACCCUAAUUCAUAUUCAGAAAAUGGAUUCCUAUAAUUCAUUGAUUCAUCAGCAACAGAUUGCUGCAAUUUUAGGUCCAGAUUCAACUCACUUUGAAACCCUAGUUUCGCAUCUCAUGGCAGCAGGAAAUGAACAAAGGUCACAAGCUGAAACUCUAUUCAAUCUCUGUAAACAAAAUCAUCCUGAUGCCUUUUCACUUAAACUUGCUCAUGUUCUUCAAAAUUCUUCUCAUGUUGAAAUCCGAGGUAUGUCUGCAAUUCUUCUUCGUAAACAGCUUACUCGUGAUGAUUCUUACUUAUGGCCACGUCUAUCACAAUCAACACAAUCAGCCAUUAAAUCUCAACUUCUAAUCUGUGUUCAAAUGGAAGAAGCAAAACAAAUCUCAAAGAAGUUAUGUGAUACAGUUUCUGAACUUGCUGCUGGUAUUUUGCCUGAAAAUAAAUGGCCUGAGCUUCUCCCUUUUAUGUUUCAGUGUGUUACUUCUAAUACUCCACAUCUUCAAGAAUCUUCUCUAUUGAUGUUUGCUCAAUUGUCACAGUACAUCGGGGAAACCCUAAUUCCUCAUAUCGAUACUCUUCAUAGUGUCUUCUUACAGUGUUUGGCUUCUUCCUCAAAUCCUGAUGUUCGAAUCGCUGCUCUUGGAGCUUCAAUUAAUUUUGUUCAGUGUCUGACUAGUCUGGCUGAUAGGGAUAAGUUUCAAGAUCUUUUGCCAGUGAUGAUGAAGACGUUGACCGAGGCGUUGAAUUCUGGUCAAGAGGCAACUGCUCAAGAGGCGCUUGAGUUGUUAAUUGAGUUGGCUGGAACAGAGCCAAAGUUCCUAAGGCGGCAAUUAGUGGAUGUUGUGGGAUCUAUGUUGCAGAUUGCUGAGGCAGAAUCGCUGGAGGAAGGCACUAGACACCUUGCAAUUGAGUUCGUUGUUACUCUUGCUGAAGCAAGGGAAAGGGCUCCAGGGAUGAUGAGGAAAUUGCCACAAUUUAUUAGUAGAUUGUUUGCCAUUUUAAUGAAUUUGUUGCUGGAUAUCGAGGACGAUCCUCUGUGGUAUAAUGCUGAUAAUGAAGAUGACGAGGAUGCUGGAGAGACUAGUAAUUAUGGCGUUGCACAGGAGUGUCUAGAUCGACUUUCGAUGGCGUUGGGAGGGAAUACAAUUGUUCCUGUUGCUUCCGAGCUUUUGCCAGUAUUUUUAGCUGCACCAGAGUGGCAAAAACACCAUGCAGCCCUUAUCGCUCUUGCUCAAAUAGCUGAAGGUUGCUCAAAGGUAAUGAUUAAAACUCUGGAGCAAGUGGUGAACAUGAUACUGAACUCAUUUCAAGAUCCCCAUCCUCGUGUUAGAUGGGCAGCCAUCAACGCGAUCGGCCAAUUGUCUACAGAUUUGGGUCCUGAUUUACAAGUACAGUACCAUCAAAGGGUGCUACCAGCUCUUGCAUCAGCUAUGGAUGAUUUUCAGAGUCCUCGAGUACAAGCCCAUGCUGCUUCGGCAGUCCUCAAUUUCAGCGAAAAUUGCACCUCAGAGAUCUUAACACCUUAUUUAGAUGGGAUAGUAAGCAAAUUGCUAGUCCUCUUACAGGGUGGAAAACAAAUGGUUCAAGAGGGAGCUUUGACAGCUCUAGCAUCAGUAGCUGAUUCGUCACAGGAGCACUUCCAGAAGUAUUAUGAUGUUGUUAUGCCUUACCUCAAAGCUAUCUUGCUGAAUGCGACUGACAAGUCUAACCGCAUGCUUCGUGCCAAAUCAAUGGAAUGCAUUAGUUUGGUUGGUAUGGCUGUUGGCAAGGAGAAGUUCAGAGAUGAUGCUAAGCAGGUGAUGGAAGUUCUUAUGACGUUGCAAGGAUCACAAUUGGAUACAGAUGAUCCCACAACAAGUUACAUGCUACAGGCAUGGGCAAGGCUCUGCAAGUGCCUUGGACAGGAUUUCCUCCCGUACAUGAGUGUUGUUAUGCCCCCGUUACUUCAGUCCGCUCAGCUUAAGCCUGAUUUAACCAUUACUUCUGCAGACUCAGAUGAUGAUAUAGAUCAAUCAGAUGAUGACAGUAUCGAAACAAUUACUCUUGGUGAUAAAAGAAUCGGAAUCAAGACAAGUGUCUUGGAGGAGAAAGCUACUGCAUGCAACAUGUUAUGCUGCUAUGUGGAUGAAUUGAAAGAGGGUUUCUAUCCAUGGAUUGAUCAGGUGGCUCCUAUUUUAGUUCCACUUCUGAAGUUCUAUUUCCAUGAAGAAGUUAGGAGGGCAGCUGUUUCAGCUAUGCCGGAGCUACUACGUUCUGCUAAAUCAGCUGUAGAGAAGGGGCAAGCGCAAGGUCGUAAUGAAACCUAUGUUAAGCAGUUGUGUGACUAUAUUGUACCAGCUUUGGUGGAAGCUCUACACAAGGAGCCGGAGACAGAUAUCUGUGCAUGUAUGUUGGACGCGUUGAGUGAAUGCGUGCAGAUUUCGGGUCCGCUUCUUGAUCAGAGCCAAGUUAGAACUGUGGUGGAUGUGACAAAGGAAGUGAUCACUGCUAGCUCAACUAGAAAACGAGACUUGGCAGAGAGGUCAAAGGCAGAGGAUUUUGAUGCUGAGGAAGGGGAGUUGCUCAAAGAAGAAAACGAGCAAGAAGAAGAAGUGUUUGAUCAAGUUGGUAAUUUGCUGGGCGCUUUGAUUAAAACAUUCAAGGCCUCUUUCUUGCCGUUCUUUGACGAGCUUUCCUCAUACGUAAUAGCUAUGUUGGGCAAGGAUAAAACACCUGAUGAGAGAAGGAUAGCUAUUUGCAUUUUUGAUGAUGUAGCUGAACAAUGCCGAGAAGCAGCUCUCAAAUAUUAUGAUACUUAUCUUCCUUUCCUAUUGGAAGCUUGCAACGAUGAAGAUUCAGAUGUUCGUCAGUUAAUAGGAAAUUUUAUUCAGGCUGCUGUUUAUGGAGUUGGAGUUUGUGCAGAGUUUGGUGGAUCUGGGUUUAAGCCUCUAGUGGGAGAGGCCCUUUCCAGGCUAAAUGUUGUAAUAAGGCAUCCUAAUGCACUAUCUUCGGAGAAUGUAAUGGCGUAUGACAAUGCUGUUUCAGCUCUCGGGAAAAUAUGCCGGUACCAUCGUGAUAGUAUUGAUGCAGCACAGGUAGUUCCUGCUUGGUUAAGUUGCUUACCCAUCAAAGGUGAUCUAAUUGAGGCCAAACUUGUACAUGAUCAGCUUUGUUCGAUGGUUGAGGGGUCAGAUGGUGAGCUUCUAGGCCAGAAUAAUCAAUAUCUUCCUAAAAUUGUUGCUGUCUUUGCCGAGGUUUUAUGUGCUGGUAAGGAUUUGGCGACAGAUCAAACUUCCAGCCGGAUGAUUAAUCUGUUAAGGCAACUUCAGCAGACAUUACCACCUGCCCUUCUGGCACAAACCUGGUCCUCCUUGCAGCCUCAGCAACAGCUUGCUUUGCAAUCAAUAAUGUCACCUUAGUUUCUUGCUGGCAUUGGUUGCCGAGAGCUGUUGAUUCUGGUCUGUUGUUUGCUUAUUAAUGGGAGUUCCCUAUUUAUCACCCAUUCUUUUUGAAUAAUGCAUUUCCCAUAUUUUGUGGCUAAUGCAAUGGUAUUUGGUUGAGGUUCAUGAGUUUUAGCGGUUGAAAGGUUAUUGUUGUGUAAUUGUGUAUAUUUGAGCGGUAUUGGGAUUUUGGUGUGAUUAUGUGCCUGAGAGAAGAGUGAAAGGACAACCAGAAAAAGAUAGAAUAAUAAAGAAUAUAGUAAACAGAGUAAUCAUAAAAUGAAAGAAGAAAGGAGUUCAGGUUGUUGGAGGUUUAUAUUUGUUUUUAGGGGUUGAUAAAUUUUGUUGAGGCAAUUAUUGCAGCAGUUUUGGUGUUUGUUUUCCUCAUUUGAAUUUAAUAAACUGUGAGAAGUGAGAACAGUAUAGUAUUUGGUAUUACAAAUAUUCUGAUAGUCCAAAUUUCUUUUGUGUCA